AUGACGACUUUAUCACGAUCAGUCACUGUUGCUCGAACAGCAACAGCAACUCGAUCUUCCCUAGCUUCGACAUCUCGUUUGAUCAUCGCAAGAGGAUAUGUUACUCCCUCUUCCACAAAAAAAGCUGAACAACAAAUGAUGUUUGGUGGUCCACCACCUAAAAGAAAGGAUGAAGGUGCUGUUUUGAAGACAUAUACUGGAAAAGGGUAUCCGUUCAUUCCUUCCCUUCGACACGUAGUAUAUCCUUAUCACCCUCACUUGCACAAAGGCGGACCGUUACGUGAACUUACCAUUCCAUUACGUCGAAAAGGAGGACGAAACAAUACAGGAAGAAUUGUAAAUCGACAUACAGGUGGAGGACAUAAACAGCGAUUAAGAACAAUCGAUUUUCACCGAGUACAAGGUGGUGCCCAUGAUGUAAUUAGAAUCGAAUAUGAUCCAGGAAGAUCAGCUCAUAUUGCUUUAAUCAAGAAAAGGGGAACGGGAACAGGAACGGGAACGACGAAUGAUUUGAUCAAUGCUGAUCAAGCUGAAGAUGCUUUAUCAGAAGAGAAUAGGGGAAAUAAAAAAUCAAUACAAGCUGUUAAAGCUGGUUGGAGCUACAUCAUCUCUCCAGAAGGUUUAAGAGCAGGUGAUGUAGUAGUUUCAUAUCGACAAGGUAUACCUGAAAGUGUUAUCAAAGAAUUCGACAAUACUGCCCCAUCAACUUCCACUUCCACCUCGAUUGAUUCCACAAAUACAACAGAAGACCUGGCAAAUGGAGAAGAUAAAGUGGGUGCAACCGACACACCAGAAAUGAGAAGAGCUUUAGGUUUACUUCGAACUGUCACAUUAAAACCUGGAAACGUAUUACCUUUAUUCUUGAUUCCUCCUGGAACUCAAGUUCACAAUCUCAGUCUUACAACAGAUGGGAAAAUGCAAUUGUGUAGAUCGGCAGGAACGUUUGCUGUAAUUGUUUCUCAUCAAUCCGCGGAGGGAAGAGCUAUAGGUGGUGCGGAAGUCUUGACUAUGGGUGGUGGAUUUGAUGCUCAAGGUAAAAGAUUACCUAAAGCAGGUUACGUUUUAGUUAAAAUGCAAUCGGGUGAAGUUAGAAAAUUAGAUCCUGGUUGUGUAGCUAGUGUAGGUGUAGUAAGCAACAAAGAACAUCAAUCUCGUUCACUCGGUAAAGCCGGUCGAUCAAGAUGGCUAGGUAAAAGACCUCAUGUUCGAGGUGUAGCCAUGAACGCCGUAGACCAUCCUCAUGGUGGUGGUAGAGGUAAACAAAAGGGUAACAAACAUCCGAGAUCCAUUUAUGGUUUAUUACAACAUGUCAGAACUAGAAGACCCAAAGGUAAAGAUGGCAACAAAUCUGUGGUCACUGAAAGACCAAGAGGUAAACAAACUGCUGCUAAGCAUUAG